AGUAGUGCUGCUUGGUCCGGCCUCAAGGGCCGCGUCUCAAGCUCCCUUCCCAUUCAUAUGAUCUCUGGAGCGAAAAAUUACUUAAAAAGAUGGCAUUGCCUUUUCUCCUCGGGCCGAUCUCUCAUACUGCGACUUCCCUAUUCUCUUCAAAUGCCCUAACGACUUCUGUUUCUCUGGAAGAGCAGAGCAGCUUAUUUGACCGAACCAGCGCCGCAGCUGAGAAUAUAACACUGGGACUUCGCCUAUUUACCCCGCUCAUCGCCAAUCGCCAGAGCUGUUAUUGCCCCCAAACGCAGAGUUGCAUUGGUAAGUCGAGCGCGUUCUCUUCCGAGAUACCCUGCAGUUUUAAGUCGUAUAAACAAUAAUCAUGUCUGAACAAUUUGCAUAUCGGCCCCCGCCGAGCCAGGGCUCGUUCGCUUAUCCCUCUAACGCGCCCAGUAUGUCACCACUUCUAACACAAGAAAGAGGUCUUCUAAUGCAU